AAACCAACUCUUCUUGUAAAGUCUGCUGUCGCAGCGGCGGCGGCGGCGGCGUCUGCGCUGCGUACCAGGACGUGACGGGCAGCUUCCUGUUCCUGCGUAAAGGGAAACCCUGCACCGUGGGCUUCUGUGACGGAGCGGGGAAGUGCAUGAAGCAGGUCCAGGACGUGGUGGAGCGUCUGUGGGACUUCAUCGAUAAACUGGACAUCAACACCUUCGGGACGUUUCUGGCCGACAACAUCGUGGGCUCCGUGGUGGCGUUCUCGCUGCUGGUCUGGGUUCCCUUCAGCAUCCUGGUCCACUGUGUGGACAAGAAGCUGGAUAAACAGUAUGAACACAACACCAAGUCUCUGUUCUUCCCCAGUAAUGCCGAGCUCCUGAGCAGCCUGGAGUCGGCAUCAGUUCGGAUCUUCAAACCUCCGACGUUCCCCACCAGCACCUCCUCCGCUGGGCUGCGUUUCCAGCCGUCCAGCCCCCAACAGACCAGCACCCCUCCGGCUCCAGGCCCCACCCCCGCCCCCUACUCCGCCCCUCUGGACAGCCCCCGCAUGGCCACCAUCCAGGAGGACCCCAGCUUCAACUCACACCUGGACCAGGAGGCUCUGGAGGAGGCGUUCGGCCGGCCGCCGGGGUCGACUCAGCGCUCCUUCGAGGACCUGACGGAGAAAAGUGUAACGAGUCGAAGCGGGAAGACGUCCAUGUUCAGAAUGCAGAGACAACAUCAGAUAGACACCAAGGAGACGCAGUGCUGAGAUGACACACCUGAGGAGAGAGGACACACACCUGGAGAGAGUCUCAUGAUUUUAUAUUUCGUCUGUAUGAAUUCAUGUUUGUUAUUUAACUUAUUAAAGUAAAACAUUCUUUGUUUCGUGAAGAAGAAUAUUUUCUGUAUUUGUUAGACAUUAAAUUAAAGCGUUAAUGAGCUCGGCUGCUUCUCAUGAACUCUCUUUGUGUCCAAAGGAAUAAUUGUCAGAAUCAUUAAUUGUUAAAAGCCAAACACACACUAAUCGAUUAAAUACUCAACAUUCAUCAAAACAAACCUUCACAUUUGUGCUGCUUUAAAGUACAAGUACCUUAAUUUGUACUUCAGUAACUUAUCACGAGUACUCGUAUCUUUUGUUUCCUUUGCUGUAC